UGAACGCGUUGACCAAUUUUCACGUGGAGCCGCUCCUGCUGUCACACCCCGGCAAACAACAUAGGCUUCACGACAGUCACUGCCGCAAAUCGUGCCGUCGACCCGGCUGGUGAAUCCAUGGACAGCAGCUCGGCUACGGCGUUGUGUUUACACUCGUGGGGAGCCAACAGCUACGGCCAGCUGGGGCAGGGACAUGCGGAGGAUGUGGCGGAGCCCCGGCUCUCCGACACCGCUGCUCUCCACCGCACAGCCGCCCGACAGCUGUCCGGAGGCGGGGGACACACCGUGGUUGUCACCGAGAGUGGAGAGGUGUUGGUGUGCGGUCAAAAUCACAAAGGACAGCUGGGGCUCGGCCACACGACAGAUGUCUCGAUCCUCCGCCUCUGUCCUCACCUGAGUCAGAGGGUCACCAGUGUCUCCUGCGGCUGGGAUUUUACUCUUCUUCUCACCGAUUGUGGGCGGGUGCUGUCCUGUGGCUCCAACGCUUUUGGACAACUGGGUGUGGGAGAGUCAAUCUCACACUCUGCCGAGCUCCUGGUUGUUGAAAGGCUGAAGGAGCAUGUGCUUAGCGUAGCAGCAGGGCUUAGACACUCACUCGCUGUCACUCACUCAGGCUGUGUAUACCAGUGGGGCACAGGUCUCUCCAGCCAUGCCAAGCGAGCGCUCAGUCCGCACCCUGUCCCUGUACACCUCAGCUCAAAGGUGCCCUCUCUGGUACCAGGUCUGGAUCACGUGACUCCGUGCGCAGUCGCUGCAGGCUCAGUACAUUGUGUGUGCCUUACAGGAGAGGGUCAUUUAUUUUUAUGGGGAAGCAAUAAGCAUGGCCAGCUGUCCACUACAGAGCCCUUUUCCUCCUCUCCCUCUCUUCUCAAGAGCUCACUUAUGGAUGGAGAGAGAGUCGCCCAUGUGUGGAGUGGCUGGACACACAUUGUUGCCCAAACAGUGAGCGGGAAGGUGUUCACAUGGGGAAGAGAGAGCUACGGACAGCUAGGCAGGAAAGAGCGGGAGUCGGCUGGUCCGCUGGUGGAGGGUGGCAGUCAGCAGGCUUGUCACCCUGCAGAGGUUAAGGUACUUUGUGGAGCAACACAGAUUGCAUGUGGAUCUGAACAUAAUCUUGCCAUUGUAGGGGGCUGUCUCUUCUCCUGGGGUUGGAACGAGCACGGAAUGUGUGGAGACGGUUCACAGACCGAUGUCGUCCAGCCACAGCUCAUUUCUAGCCUCAGACCUCUCCUCAUUGGCUGCGGAGCCGGACACUCUAUGGCAAUGUGUGCGGUGAAGACCGAUUCAAGACAAAACUCGGUUGCAGACCCUCCAGUAACUUUGGAACAGGAGAGCGAGCAUUUAGCAGACAUGUGACUGCCCUUUUGAGAAGGAAAGUCUUUGUGAGAAACGUGUGAAUGAAAACAUUUCUCAGUGAUUUAAAGGUAGCUUAUCAGUGCCUUCAACAAAACCCACAUUCACUGUUGUUGAACUGGAUUUUAAGUGCCUUUGAACGUAACUUUCACUUCCCGAACAUGCUACAGUUUGAAGGCAUGGCUGUGUUCAAACUGAGGUCGUCAUAAAUGUAGUUGAGGGGUUGGACACAGGUUGAGUUAUGUUUCAUGUGAACAGAGGCCAUCAUUUCCCUGACCAGCCCGUCACUUUGAUGGACAUGAUUGUGUGUGUGGGGAGGGGGGCUUUGCAGGACCUGGACAUGCCUGUGACUGCCUGUCCACCUGCCAUGCUUGUCCUCCCAUUGAAUAAAGCUGUUAUGGAUUGUGUGAAGGAUGGGCUAGACUGGUGCUAUAGCUCCAUCUUCCCAUGUGAGGGGUUUUAUUACUGUGAUCUUGAGUGUCAGCAGGCACUCAAUCUCUGAGAUCCACACUCAAUACUGAAAUUCUCACGGCCAUCUAAUGAUUUACCACUUAGAAAUACUGUGCAGUAUUUAUGUUUACGCCCUGUCCAUCACAUUUAUGUUUUUGCAGUUAUAUUUCAUACAUUCUGCUUCAUAUUCUUUGAGGUUGGGUUUCUCAUAUUUGCACUAUUGUCAAAUGUGCAUAUGAGGGUGAGAAAUGUUAGGACUCAGAAUGGCUCAUGGAUUUUAUGUUGGCAUUGCAACUCAUAUAUUUUUUUAUAUAAAUAUAAUUUAUGAUAUAAAAUUUCUGAAAAUUGAUUAUGGAUCACAUAAAUGUCACAAAAACUAUGCACUGUUGAAAAUUAAAUUAAGAGUGUUUUUUUUUUUUU